UGUACACACACGCGAGGUGUUACAAAGACGUCUACAAAGAUAUACGAGUAGCGACAACAAAUUCAGUCCAGUCUGCGCGCGCGCACAAACUCGAGACUCGUGCGCCGAAUACUCGCGAGUGUAAAUCUUAAAAGCUGAGUGAUAAAUUGUUUUGUUUUGACGUAGCGGCUUAGGCGAAAGACCAGUUCACAGAAUGGAACCCCUGCAAGUGGACGUAGUAUACUUUUACCCGAAGGAAAAUGCUCAGACGCACAAUACAGUGAAAUAUGAGGCAGUUAACGAAGAGAACCCGACUACAACCAUUGUUCGCCGUGGGCAGCCCUUCAACGGAGUAGUGCGUUUCACUAGAGAAUAUGAUGAGUCCAUUGAUAUGGUACAGCUGAUCUUCACAAUAGGUGACAAACUGUCAAUGGAUACACAAGGGUCCGUAUUCCUGAGCCGAGACGCCGUCACGGACAACCACAGAUGGAGUGCUAAGCUGAUCGAUGCACAAGCAGACACACUAUCUUUCGAGGUCAACACCCCAGUGAGCUUACCAGUGGGUUCGUGGUCCUUGCGAGUGGUCACCCGCCUAAAGAACUCCACGGCGCGAGAGAUCUACGACUUUGACCAGGACCUGUACAUACUCUUCAACCCAUGGAACCCUGACGACCAAACCUACAUGGAGGACUGCACGCUCUUACAAGAGUACGUGUUGAACGACGUCGGCAAGGUGUGGGUGGGGCCCAUCAAAACCACGCGCGGGAAGCCCUGGUUCUACGGCCAGUUCGAUGGGAUUGUGCUGCCGGCUUGCAUGUUCAUGCUGGAGAGAGCUGGAAUACCUUGUCACCAGCGAGGAGACCCAGUGAAGAUGACGCGUGUGAUAUCGCGCAUAGUCAACUCCAACGACGACGCCGGCGUUCUAGUGGGGCGAUGGGACGGAGAAUAUGAUGACGGCACGGCACCUUCCGAUUGGACUGGCUCUGUAGAGAUCCUGGCUCAGUAUCUAGAGACGCAGCAAGAAGUGCCGUAUGGACAGUGCUGGGUGUUCGCUGGCGUUGUUACUACAGUCUGCAGAGCCCUCGGCAUUCCAUCCCGAGUGGUAUCCAACCUGGUCUCCGCCCACGACGCGAACAGCUCGCUCACCGUAGACAAGUACUACACGGAGAAUAUGGAGGAGCUGGACUUCGACCCCAACAACCCUCAAGGAGCAGACUCUAUCUGGAACUACCACGUAUGGAACGACGUUUGGAUGGCGAGACCCGACUUACCAGCAGGUUACGGUGGAUGGCAAGCUAUUGACGCGACACCACAAGAGACCUCUGCUGGUAUGUACCAGUGCGGUCCUGCUUCCCUAGAAGCCAUUAAGCAGGGCGUCAUCGGGGUCGGUUACGACGUCGAGUUCAUGCUGGCUUCAGUCAACGCGGACCUGAUGAGGUGGAGGAGGGAUCCUGAUGCGGAGAUUGGAUAUUCCAUGGUGGACACUAAUAAUUUCCAUAUUGGCCGUAUGGUCCUAACGAAGAAACCUUACGUGUUCGACCCCAUUGGAGACGAAGACCGUGAGGACAUUACUGCCCAGUACAAACACAGGGAAGGCACUGCCUCAGAAAGGUUGGCGCUUAUGAACGGAGUUCGGUUCUCAGAAAGAGCAAAAAGGUAUUACGCAGUAGCAAACAACUUAAAAACUGACAUCAAAUUCAACCUACGGGAUAUCGACAACGUUCUCAUCGGGAAAGAAUUCAGGAUCGUCGUGGACAUAGAGAACCAAUGCGAAGAGCCACGUAACGUGAAGGCGUCUCUAUCAGCCACCAGCGUGUUCUACAACGGCGUGAAAGCUGACGUAGUGAAGAAGGUUGAAGGAAAGAUUUUCGUGGGACCAUCUAAAAAGGAACAAAUUAGUAUACUGGUCAAAUCUGAGGACUACUUGCCCAAGCUGGUGGAAUAUUGUAACAUGAAGAUCUCGGCGAUGGCUAUAGUAGAUGAGACCAAACAGUCGUGGGCUGAUGACGACGACUUCCAGAUCCUGAAACCUAACAUCACCAUCAAGUUCAACGAAGACCUGAUCAUCGGUCAGCCGACAACUGCAGUCCUAACGUUCCUCAACCCGUUAGAGCGAGCAUUAUCCGGCUGCGAAUUCCGUUUGACGUCAUCCGGUAUCGCUGGAAGAACACUCCGCUUCCCAGCGGCAGAUGUGGAUCCUAAAGGGGUUGUUACAGCUCAACUACCAGUACAACCUAAUAAAAUCGGCAAAAUCAACUUCGUUGCUACAUUCAAGUCGGUCGAGCUUAAGGACAUCAACGGGGCAGCAAGCGUCGAAGUGUUCGAGGGAUAAUGGACUUUGUUUAAGAUAUGAAUUGAGAUUAUUAUGCUAUACAGAGUAAAUACAAUAAAUAAACAAGAAAUCACAUCUUUGAGGAAAAUAUUAUAUCCAUAUCAAAUUACUUUAAAAUAAAUAAAGUGUUAUUUUUAUAAAAUUAGUAUAAGUAAGUACAAUAAGAAAGUAGUUUUGUUAUACGAAAACUAAGUUUUAUAUUGUUGAAUGUUCUAAGUGCCAUAAAAUAUAUUUUCAACAGUACAUCAAGUAUGUAGGUAACACAAAUCUAUUGAGUCUUCUACUGCUUGACAACUUGUUAUUAUUUUAAUAAAGUUUACAUUUCAUUGAUAGAAUGCAUUGUUGACUGUUGUGUUGAAAUUAGUGCUAAGUUAUUUUAAUAUGUUUUAAAAUACGUUAUGAUUAUUUUUGUAUGUUUAAUUUUUUAAAACACAGAUGUUUAUUGAAAAUUAUGUUUUCUUUACUUGUCUACUGGUUCUUUCCUAUUCCUUUAUCAAUAGGUCAUAGUUUAUAAAAAAAUAAAUAUUUCUAACACUCACACCAAUUAGCCCAGCCCCAAGCACUGUAGGCUGGUUAUGGGAUACUAGGGUAACGGAUAGAAUAUAUACUAAUACUGAUUCAUAUAUACAGUGGUGGUCACAUAAUUAAAGACACCCCCUAAUUAACCACAAAAAACUUGCAAUGGUACUAACAUUAGAUAAAAUUGGUAUUUAAUCCAGUUGUAUUGUUAUUAAACCAUACACGACGUUGUAUUCUUACAACGUGGGACGAAAAAAAAUUGUGUUCGUUAGUAGUUUAGACAUGGGAACGUAACAUAAACUUUUUUAACGUAUUUAUAGCUGGCCAGAUAAUUAAAGACACUCGAUUUGCUUAGAAGAAAUAGGAAAAAAAAUUGUUAUUAUUGAAAUUUUCUUUAUUACACAAUAUUCCUAACACAUUUAUAAAACUUUCCGGUACGUUUCAAUAUUUGGUCGCAUGUCCUUUGGCAGAAAUGACAACGACAUCUCUUGGGCAUGGAAGCGAUCAAUUUUUUACAAGCUUCCACCGGAAUUUGCUUCCAAGCUUCUCUUAAAGCUGUGUAUAGUUGAUCGAUGUUUGAGGUCCGUUUUGUCGCCACUGUCUUCUUCUCCUGGUACUACAAAUAUUCUAUUGGGUUUAAAUUAGAACUUUAUGGGGGCCAAUCCAAAACUGUCACAGACUGGUUCCUUAAAAAGUCUUUUAUUACUUUUGCAGUGUGUUUCGGAUCAUUAUCCUGAUGGAAAGUCCAAAUGACCGGUAAAUUUUGCUCGGCAUAGGGCAGCAUGGCUUGUUCUAAAAUAUUCUUGCACUGAAUUUUAUCCAUGUUGCCUUCUAUUUUCUUGACAGGUCCAACACCAAGUCCUGAGAAACAGCCCAAACUUUGAUAUAUCCGCCCCCAUGUUUAACUACUUUCUUGGUAUACUUUGGAUCUAUUUCUUUGUUCGGGAGGCGUCUAACAUAUUGUUUUCCGUCAGA